CAUGUCCGACGCUGAUGUGCAACUCAUCAGAAGCAAACCAAUACAUUGGGAUGCCCGGGACCCCGAACGAACCACGCUGCCUCGACAGCGCAGAACAGCCUCAGAAGCCAUAUCCGCAGAACGGAGUUACGAAUUCAAAGCCAGAACAUUCAAGAGACGAGAAGAGAGCAGAGAAUCGAGCUGUGAGAGUAGAUCGUAUGGCAGAAAGUCGGGCAGCUCGAACACCGGAUCGCGAAUUGCAGCACGGGUUUGCCAAAUUGAGUCGUCCGAUACCGCAUCACAAGAUUACAGGGGCUGCUGGGGCGGACCAGAUACAGGGCGGCAGGGCAACGGCAUAUCUAGUAGCGAAAACGAUGACCAGACCCAAUUUCUGCUGUCUCACAUGCAGGCGGAUCCGAGGGGUGGCAUGAUCACCCUUGGGGACAAGGGAAAAGGUUCGAGUCCCAAGAGCGUCGAAGAAUGGCUUGAGAGUUUCGGGGAAGACAUUGAAAAAUAUGACAAAAUUUUGAAAAGUGCCCCGGAAGUUGAACCUCAAAGUUCCACCGAGGCAACAGUAACACCACCAGCUCCCCGAAUCACUAUUCAAAGAGCACUCCAAGAGGCAAGACAAAGGAGGGAACUUGGACUAAGGGAAACGCCAUUAUCCCAAAAUACCAGAGUUGAAUCACCCUCCCAAACAACUCUACCGAAAGCACCCGGACAGCAGGUGAGACAUCCAGAAGUCAACAAACAUCCGGGACAGAUUCCAAGAUCUGACAACCGGCCUAUUCUUGGGCCAACAUCGGGCAACCAACUUGGGACUCUAACGCAAUCGCAAUCGCAUCGCGUGAGAGAUAAUGAAUACAACGAACCAUUUGCGAAGUUUGUCAAAAAGCACGAAGCAGUCAGAUCGAAGUGGCUCCCCGCACCAGGAGAGCUCCAAGCACAACGGCCUCAGUUUUACAAAGAAGCCUUCGAGGGAUACAUAGAAGAAUAUAGAAUCUUGAAAUCAACAUACGACCUGGAACCGGGAGAAGUGGCAUGGAAACGUUCACACAGCAGAUUGUCACAGUCGGCAACAGGUCAACCAAGCAUAAUACCAAAGUCACCGAUACAGAUCGCCGUAGGAGAAGAGCAAAGCCUUUUCUACCACUAUCAAGGAUUCUUGCCACCUCGGAUUGACAGCAAUACAGGUAGUUUCGAUUACCAUCGACGCGGUGGUUACUACGAUGGAAAGGCUGAAAUCUGGCGACCCCCUCUCAACGAAGAUGUUACGAACGCGAUCGUAGUCGGCAUGCAUGGUGAAUGUUGGUCUGGUAAGGAAAAGACUGGCUUUGGAGUUUGGUUCGCAGAGAACUCCCUUUAUAACGCAAAAAAGUUGGAAUUGUCACAGGAAUGGAGGCUGUCGCGGAAGUAUGGGAAACUUCAUGUAUAUUGGAAUGACCGGUACAAUAAUCCUCACAAGAUUGGGGCACUGGCGGCGACCUUUGCAUUGGAUACGACCAUUCAAAUGAUUCAUAAAAUGGCAAUCGUCAUCGAUCACAUCAUACUGUGCACAAAGAUCCAGGGAUUUCUGAUCGCCCUGGACGAGUGGAAAUGGGUGUAUGAGUAUGAGGGGUGGACGUUGACAAGGAAGAAAGGCAGAGAUUUCCAUGAUGCUGACCACUGUCCUGAAUUGCGGAAAUUGCUUGGAAAACUCACCGAUCUCCGAAAAGGGCAGCCUUCUAUCCGAGUAAGCUUUCGCUUUCUGGGAGGUGAUGAUGUGUAUGAGGCCUGUCAGUUGGCUAGGGGUGCAAAAGACAUGAGAACUCGAACCGAGGAUGGCAGUUGA